AUGCAGGCACCGGUUCUAACUCUGGGUGGGCUUGUGUGCCCACCGCCCUGCCCCUGCUCUCCUCUCCGUACGGACCACAACUCGAAACCAACCCAGCGCAAGACUUUCACCAUCGACGCACUGCUGUCCGCCGCCGAGAUCUCGCCCUCCUCACGGGAGAGGCAGGCGGCUCCUCUCUGCCCGCUCGGAACCUGCGUGCUGGCUGCUACUGUGCCCGGGGCUAACCGGAGCCCGCCGUCUCUCUACCCGGCCCUGGUGUAUCCCCGCCCGCUUCACCCCCUCUACCACGGAGCUCCCCUGCUCUACCGCCCUGCCGGCUGCAGAACAGGACAGUGCUCGCACGAAUAUCCACUGCCCAAGGCGUCUUUCCCGCUCAAACCCAAAGCUGCCAAAGUCAAGCGGGCGAGGACCAUCUUCACUCACGAGCAACUCGCCCGGUUGGAGAAGGAGUUCGCCCGGCAGCAGUACAUGGUGGGCUCCGAGCGGUUUCUGCUGGCAUCCGCCCUUCGUCUUAACGAGUCCCAGGUGAAAGUCUGGUUCCAGAACCGCAGGAUCAAAUGGAGGAAACAAAGCCUGGAGCAGCAGCAGGCCAAGCUGGCUGGGCUGGGCACGGUGCCUCCCCAGCCCAGAGCCAGCUCCCCGAGCAGGGAGCACAGCUCCAGUCCGACACCGCGGGUACAGCAGACAGACUCCCACCCGCUCAGCCCUCUGAGCGUCGAAGGCAGUGGGCACCAACCAAAGCAACCUCCCUCACUGUUAAACCCAUAG